CUAAGAGGACCUGGCUUCAUUAAUAUUAAUAUUUCUGAGAAACUUUUUUUUUGCCAGUGUUCGUUUUUAUUAAACAGAAUUUCACUCGUUGAUCAGCACCGUGAAUAAACCAUGUGAAGAUGGAAGAAAGGGGGUCGGGCGAUCAGGAGGGAAGUCAUCGAUGAUAUAGAGCUGCCUGUUGAUCUAACCACCUGGUUGAAGAUGAGCCGUCCCACCAUGAGCGUCCAUCACACCCUGCUGGUGCUGCUGUCUCUGUCGUCUGUGUUUGGGGUCCCAUGCCCCCGGCCCUGCACUUGUCCACACGCCACCGAGCUCCACUGCACCUUCAGAUCCCUGGUCUCAGUCCCAGCUGCUGUAUCGAGACACAUUGAACGCAUGAACUUGGGCUACAACAGAAUUCAUAAGAUCACAGAUGAGUCUCUAGCUGGUUUGAGGAAGCUUGAGCAGCUGAUGGUGCAUGGGAAUGACGUCCACAGUCUCCCUGAUGGUGUGUUCAGGGACCUUGUGUCAUUGCAGGUGCUGCGGAUGAGCUACAACAAGGUAAAGGAGAUAAACCGACACACCCUUCAGGGUCUGUGGUCUGUGGCCCGGUUGCACCUGGACCACAACCAGCUGGAGUUCAUCCACCCCGAUGCCUUCCACGGCCUCACCUCUCUGCGAAUGCUCCAACUGGAAGGGAACCGUCUCCAGCAGGUCCACCCCACCACCUUCACCACCUUCACUCUGAUGGGACUCUUGCACGUCUCCACCUUGAAGUACCUGGACCUGUCCAGCAACGGUCUGACCACGCUCUCCACCCGGGUCCUAGCGACCAUGCCCCAGCUGGAGAAUUUGUAUCUACAUGGAAACCCAUGGACCUGUGACUGCAACCUGGUGUGGAUUCAUGACUGGGAUCGAACUGCACCAGGUGUCUUGAAAUGUAAAAAAGACAAGGCCUUUCCAGGAGGACAGCUGUGUGCCAAAUGCUCCUCUCCCAAGAACCUCAGAAGGACAGAUCUCCAAACAGCUGAGAACAUGUUGUGCAGCCGCCCCAUCAUCACCUCUCCAAAUGGGACUCCACCGACAGAGGACUCGGAGAGCGAAGUCAUGACUAUCGAGGACUUCACAGAACCGUUCGGAAACAUCUCACUCGGAAUCUCAGAUGAACAUGGAAAUGAGGUAGCCUUGGAAUGCACCUUCAACAAACCUAAGGAGCUCAACAAAGUCACCUGGGAGCAACUCGACCAGCACCAUAUGUUGUCCAACAUCUCAGUGUCCGUUGACCUUGAGUGCCCUGUUGAUCGGGUGAAAUAUGAGCAGCUGUGGAGGCUCAUAGCCUACUAUAGCAGUGUUCCAGCUCAUCUUCAGAGAGGCCCGUUGCUCAGCGAAGAGCCACAUCCAACAUAUGUUUAUAGACAGGAUCCAGAGAAGGACGCUGUGUACUACACUGGUGUCAAAGCUAACAUCAUGGCCUCUGCUGCCUGGCUGAUGCAGACAUCACUCGACGUUCAGCUAAACAGACAUCAGUCUUCGAGCCGAACCGUCAAGCUCAUAUUGGUGACCCGAGUCUCGGAGGAAGUAGAAGUUGAAAUGGCAAGGACACAGAGAAGAACAUGGGUAAUGAUAGAGUCCACCAACACGACCCGUCAUGCUUAUACAGCCAUCCUGGGCAACACAGUUGAAAUGCCCUGUAAAGUGCGAAGUUCUGGGAAGCCAGUGAUUUACUGGAUGCUGCCAGAUGGCGCUAAAAUUGAAGCACCACAUAAUAGUGCUGACAAUAGGUUGUCUGUCACAACUGACGGACAACUGGCGAUUAAAUCCGUCAGUCACAAAGACGCGGGGAUUUACUACUGCUUUGCCAAGUCCCGCGACGACGUUGCUGUCCAGCCCUUCCAGCUGACAGUGCAGGACUCUUCCAGCCCUCCUCCAGGAGAAGAAGCGUCACUCACUUCAACUCAGAGACUUGCUGGGAAUUCUCUUCUCCUGCCUUGCAGUGCAUCUGGCUCUCCUGAUGCCGAGAUCCACUGGAUUCUACCAAACAGCAAUAUAGUCAGUUUUCAGGCCAAUUCCACCAAGGCAUCGGUUUACGCCAACGGGACUCUGUACGUGUCGCAGGUUCACUUAUCAGACAGCGGUUAUUACAAAUGCAUCGCUCUAAAUCAGCAUGGCUCUGAUGCACUGGCUACUAAAGUGACAGUUCUGAGACAUAAAGGCCUUAUCGGUCCUCUGAGGAGGUUUCCAGCAAGACCUCAGUCUGCUUCAGGGGUCAACACCAAGAUUAAAGUCCCAGCCGGAAACAUUAUAGAGGAAGGAUCAGGGGGAAACACUGCUGCUGAAUUACCGCCCAAGAGGCGCCUGGAUCUUUUAAGGAGGAGAGUGCCGAAUGUUACGUCCUCUCUGAGGAGGGGUGUCCAUCAGUCCGGGCCCAUGUGGAAACGCCCGGCGGUGCUCAGGAAGCCUGUCAGGCAGCCCACUCCAGACAAUAAGAAUGUUCUUGAAAACAGAAGGCAGGUUAAUAUGUCAAAGAGCAAAAUAGAUCCAGAAAAGUGGGCGGAUAUUUUGGCGAAGAUUAGAGUGAAAAAUGCUCAAAACCUGGUGACUGUAAUCCCAGUUCCACACUCAACAAGUAAACUGACCCCCCAGCCACAUGAUAUCGAAGGCUCUUCAGAUGUCCAGGAUUACGCGACAACUGGUCCCACUUCAGUAUCUAAUACAUAUGGUCAACGUACACAAGAGACUUUGAGCUUCACUGAACAUUAUUCAGAGCACAGUCAGGCUCCAGCGGUCACACCACACACUGCAUACGAUGCCCAGCACACACCUAAUAGCACAAGUCUGGAACAGCUCAUACCACCAAGCACUGUCCUCCCACAGACCACAUCUGCUCCUCUGCAUGCCGUCACUGUUUGGCAAAGCAGCACAAACAGCACAAGUAGCAGUGAUACACUUUCUCAAAGCGCAAAUACAGAUGUUGACAAAGUCAAAACAGCUGAUUGGUCCCAGGCAGCAGAGGCGAGCCAGCAUUCAUAUGUGCUGAACAUUGCCAGCUCUGUUACGAACGCUCCCAGUCCGAGCGAGAUUAGCCCGUCACUCAACCCAGCCGAAUUUGGAACUGCUCAGGUGGAAAAUGGAACAUAUUUUAGUGAAACUCCAUCAAGCCAAUGGGGCACAACUCCUCACUCGCUGUCGGCGUUCACAGCACCGUCUCCUACAUUAGCACAUGUGCACGCUGAGUCAAAAGAACUCAGCUCCACACUUCGUCGCCAAAGUAGUCCCAGAAAAAAGAAUGGAGGUCGAAGGAAGAGGCCAAACAGACGGAAACACAAGUUCAAUAAAGCCAUUCAUAUGGCGGUCACCACUCCUGGAAGCACUCACCUGCCAACGACACGGAUCACUGCUUCCACCCUGCCAGAAAUAGACCCAUUCCCUGUUACAGUAAGAAGUUUCCACACCACUGUUCCAUUCACCUAUGGCCAAGCAGCACUAGAUGGUGUGAGUCACACGGAAAGCAAAGUGUUGAAGCAAGACGACAGCAUGGCUCCUCAACUCACCGACACAGCAACUCCUGACCCCAACACAAACACCAGUCUUCUGCCUGAAGUUGCUGCGCCACUGGAAAAUUUCACAGUGACUCCACCAUCAUCAGAGGAUAAUGUGAUUCCCACAUUAGCCAGUGAACAUCUGUUUAUGAGCAACCCCACUGCAACUGUCCCACAAUCAUCUCUGGCUUCCACAUCUGUCUUCCAGUCGCAUGUUGCCACGGCAACCUCACAAAAAAUCGACAGCAGAGCCAUGCUGUUUAGCACGGCUGCACCGUCAAGUGUGUCCUCAGAAGAGUUCAUGAGAACAGGGUUGUUAAACACCAGAAGUGAGCAUGGCUCAAACGUGACUGAUGGGGUCCCGGCAGAAACAGAACACCAUGAGUUAACUGGUACAAAUCCAUCGACAAGUUUAGAAGUCACAACUAAUUCUACUAACCCAAGUCCUGAUCUCUCGACUGUAACAACUGCAACAGAAACUGCACAAACUGAAGUGGCCCAUUCCCCACUUGAGACUUCUGACAGCCAACGAGUCCAGGCAGCCACCACGUCAUCACCUGGACCUGACACCAGCUCACCCAAACAGAGAGCUCCUGUUGACAAUGGAAGCCCGCUCACAAACCCAGCGAGUGAACAGACAUCAACACAGAUCACCACUGAAGCUACAUUUACAACACCUCAGGAUUUCCAAACCUCUGCCCAGAAAACAACUGGCAAGCCGCUACUCUAUGACCAUAGAUCUAUCCUCAGAGGAAAGCCAAAGAUUAUUCAGAACCAUGUCAAGACUGUCACUGUCAAGGCUGAGGGAGAUGCUCAACUUUCCUGUGAAGCGGUGGGCGAUCCGAAACCUUUCCUGUCGUGGACCAAAGUCAGCAGCGGGGCGACUAUUGUUCAGGACACCAAGGUCCACAGGUUUGAAGUCCAAAUGAAUGGAAGCUUAACGAUUCGCAACAGCCAGCCAGCAGAUGGCGGCGAUUACCAAUGUGUUGUCCAGAACCAGUAUGGUAUAGAUAAGACGGUCGUCAGCCUCGUGGUCCAAGCUCAGCAUCCUCACAUCCUUCACCCUCGCCACAGAGACGUUUCCGUGCAGCUCGGCGGCAGCGUUGAUGUCAUAUGUCAGGCAGAGGGCCACCCUGCUCCUCGAGUCACUUGGGUGCUGCCUAACUUUGCACCCCUGGCUCCCUCCCCCUUCUCUGUCCUGUCCCAGCAGCGGGUCGCUGUCCUGAGUGAUGGAACUCUAAGGCUUCGGCAGGCUUCCUUCACAGAUGAAGGUAUCUAUAAAUGCAUCGGUACCAGCGCUGCCGGAGCGGACGCUGUCACUGUGCACCUCCAUGUGUCAGCAUUGCCCCCGGUCAUCCACCAGAAAGCAAUGGAGAACAGGACGCUUGCUGAAGGAAGCGCAGCCUACAUCCACUGCACGGCCACCAGUGCUCCCCAGCCUGCCAUCAGAUGGAUCACGCCAAACGGCAUGCAGCUCACUACUUCUCAGUUUGUCAGUGGGCGUGACUUGGUUGUAUUCCCCAACGGGACCCUCCACAUUCGCAAACUCAUGCCAGAAAAUGCCGGGAGAUAUGAGUGCGUGGCCAGUAACCCACUGGCUUCUAGUCGAAGAAUAGUGACGUUACAUGUUGCACAGAAUCCCUCUUCUGCAAAAGCGAUUAUAAUUUCUUCAUCUCCACUGAGGACCAAUGUCAUCUAUGGAGGAAGGCUGCUGCUUAACUGUGUUGCGUCUGGUAAACCCUUGCCUCGGAUCAUGUGGAAGACACCAUCCAACAAGUUGGUAGAUGCUCAGUACAGCUAUGACCCAAGGAUUAAUGUUUUCCACAACGGCACCUUAUCCAUCCACUCAGUGACCAACAAGGACAGUGGGGACUAUGUGUGUGUGGCUCGUAACAAGAUGGGCGAUGACUAUAUUCUGCUGAAGGCCAAUAUCUUGACUCAGCCAGCCAAGAUUGAGCAAAAGAAGCUGCCACCCAGUCAGGAAGUGGUUUACGGCGGGGACUUGAAGGUUGACUGUGUCGCCUCUGGUCUUCCCAACCCAGAGAUCAGCUGGUCACUUCCAGAUGGUACCAUGGUGAACCCGGCCAAGCAGGACAGUAGGCGCAGUCGCAGGUACGUCGUGUUUGACAACGGGACUUUGUUCUUUAACCAUGUCGGGAUGCGCGAGGAGGGUGACUAUACCUGCUAUGCUGAGAACCAAGUCGGCAAAGAUGAGAUGAAGGUUCGAGUGAAGGUGAAAGCUGUGGCCGCUCAGCCACAAAUCCAGGACAACGUAAGGGAAGUCGUCAGAGUUCAUUACGGCGAGACAGUGUCACUCAGGUGUAAGGUUAAAGGGGAACCGACGCCAAUUAUCACCUGGAUCUCUCCAACACAUCGGGUUAUCUUCCCGACCACUGAGAAAUAUCAGAUGCUCAACGAUGGAACACUGGUGGUUCAGAAGGUACAGCGCUCUGAUGGAGGUAACUACACCUGCAGGGCCCGAAACAGCGCAGGACAAGACCACAAGGUGACCCAAAUGGAGGUGCUUUUAACACCACCCACAAUCGUCGGUUUAAAAGAUGCUGAGAGCUUGCGUAAAGUGGUCACCGUCCAUGGGCAGAGGGCGCUGAUAGACUGUGUGGCCAAGGGAACGCCGCACCCUCGGGUCAUGUGGGUUUUGCCCGGAAACAUUAUCCUCCCAGCGCCGUACUACAGCAGCAAAAUCAUAGUACACCAAAAUGGCACUCUGGAUAUUCGAUCUUCUAGGAAGACCGACUCAGGGAAACUGACGUGUAUUGCUCGCAAUGAAGGAGGGGAGGUCAGGCUUGUGGUACACUUGGAUGUUAAGGAGCUAUUUGAGAGGUCACAAGUCAAAGCCAUAAAAGCAGACAACUUGUUUUUGACCGUGGGGAUGGCCAUGACGUUGAACUGCUCAUUCGAUGGACCCAGGCCCCCGUAUGUGACAUGGAUAUUGCCUAAUGGGACGCCAUUGCAGAGUGGGAUGCGUUCUUCUAAGUUUUUCCACCACCCCAACGGCUCCUUGUUGAUCAGCAACCCCUCUCUUGUCGAGGCUGGUAUGUACAGGUGCUUCGGCCGACAGUCAGCCGGACUAGUGGAGCGUGUCGUUGCCUUGUCGCCCGGAAAAAAGCCAGAGAUUUUAAACAGGUACAACUCUCCAAUCAACAUCAUGGUGGGGGAGAAUUUAACGCUUCAUUGCCUGACUAACAGUGAUCCCAUGAAGAUCACAUGGACUAUGCCCAGCGGAGUUGUCCUCAACAGACCUCAAAGAGUUGGACGGUAUGCCGUGUUAGCCAAUGGAUCACUUGCCAUCCAGCAUAUUUCCGUUUAUGACCGUGGCUCCUACGUUUGCCGCGCUGCCAAUGAGUACGGCAGUGAUCUUCUGAAAGCGGGGGUUACAGUGAUCGCGUACCCACCACGGAUCACAAGCGGUUCUCCGUCUGUGAUCUACGCCAGGCGUGGAGUUGCAGUUCAGUUAAACUGCGUGGUGCAUGGCAUACCUCGCGCAGAGGUAACGUGGGAAACACCCGAUAAAACACGCAUGACUGUCGGCGCACAGCCACGCCUUUUUGGAAACAAGUACAUUAAUCCUCAGGGAUCCCUAAUUGUCCAGAACCCCACGCAAAAGGAUGCCGGUGUUUAUCGUUGCACAGCAAGAAACGCCAUUGGUUUAGACUCUAAAUCAACUCUUCUAAAUGUGUUCUGAGGUGCACAACCGCUACAGGUGGACAAUGUCUCACACAGAAAGCUUCCGUGUGUGAUGCGACAACCCGUCCUCACUUCCAUGGCGAAAUAUGGGAAACUUUUGUUGAAGCAUAGGCGUAAAAACCUUUUCUUUCUGUUCUGUGCCAUUUGAGGGCCUUUAGAUAGCAAUUACAUUGUUACUCGUGGAAUGACAGGAGCGAAAUCCCAUGGCUGAACCUCCAUCUUUCUUUUAUGUGCCUUGCCGCCCAUGGCGUCAGGAUAUCUCAGAAAACGGAUCACGUACUUCAACAUGCAAUGCUGAAGGCUGCCUUCGACGACUUCAUAGGAUGCACUUUCCCAAUGUCACUACAUUACGGCAUCAGAGUGCGGAUGGGUUGGAUGUGACGAUGACUGUACUUUAAAUUAUGUAAAUAUUUUGUCGAGUGUAUUUUUUGCGUUGUUUUAUUCAGAUUGUAAAUAGGGAUGGGCGAUAACCUAUCUUACACGAUAUACCGGCAAAAAUCAUUUCGGCAAUGAGAAUUCUGCGUAUCACGAUGAAGUCGAUAAACACGCGACUCACUGGCUGCUUUGGACCUGCAUACAUAAAUAAGACAAGACGGUGACAGCGCGCCAUGCUCUCCAGCUCUGUGGCAUUUGACAGCCGACACAGGUGUGUGACAGUUGUGGGGACUUUGAUGGGCUUUGGUUCAUGAUCAUAGUCUUAUUUUCAUCUUGUUUUUCUUAUUUAUCUUAUUUUUAAUACAGAAAUCAUCAGAUCAGUGUUUGUUUUAUUUAAUGGAGUGAUCCUAAUGGGCUUAGGCAGCCAUCUGACUUGGUUCACAUCAACACAUGCAGAGUUUUAAACUGCGCCGGUGCCUCGGCAAAACACCGUGGUGACAUCCACUCCAGUAUUGACACCAGCAUCUUCUACCAGAAACGUGAAUUUCUCAUCUCUACACUUAGUUAACUAUUAUAAUUAAACAAAUAAUGAUGAGACAAACUCCACUAUAAGUUUCAUCAUAAAACAGUUUCAAGAGAGACUGUAGUGUCCAACACGUGGAAUAGAAUGAACAUGGAUUCAUCAUGAUAAAAUAUCGUUAUCGCUGAUAAUUUUGUCAUAUCACAAUAAUGUUUUUCAUCCAUAUCGCCCAUCCCUCGUUGUAAACAUUUUUCAAUCGCGAAAGAAAGACAGGUACACCUUAUUUAUAAGUAGUAGAAUGUACUUAAGGAUUUGGGGAAAUAAUACACAGAGGAAUUGUGCAGUAACCAAUCGCUCUUUUGUCUUAAACUGAACCUCGAAUAGGAACCAAAUAGCUUUGCUUAAAGUGCGGUUAUUGAAAACUCGCCGUUACUUUGUGAUGGUAGAAUCUGUACGUUCGAUGCCUCUCUGGUUUCUGGCACUUCUGACACAGACAGAGUUUAGAGGAAAUAUUGAAUUAAAGGCCAUUGUGCUUGAAUAUUCAGCAAUCACUGAUUAUAUUUCUCACAACCAGUUCUUUGUUUUACAGUUUUGUGGCUUUCUCUGGUGUCCAUUGGUGCUCUGCCUUAAUUGUAUUUCAACAUGACGCUUGUAAAUAAAACUGACAAUUAAAACGAAGCCGUCACUGUCACAACACGGGCAGUUUACGUCGAUUCGGUGGCAGCAUCUGUGCAUAUCAGUGUGUGUGUGUGGAGAUGUGUGGAUUCAA